AUGUACACCUGGCCGUAUGAUGAUAUGUUAGCUGCUAAUAGUGGUAAAGUAACAAAUGUUCGACGAGUCACUUAUGUUGUUGUUGAUGAAGCAGAUCGAAUGUUUGAUAUGGAUUUUGAACCACAGGUGACAAAAAUUCUUGAUAGUAUUCGACCUGAUCAUCAAACAGUUAUGUUUUCAGCAACAUUUCCUAAACAAAUGGAAGCAUUAGCACGUAAAACUCUUUAUAAACCAAUUGAAGUUACAAUUGGUGGACGAAGUAUUGUUUGUAAAGAUGUUAUACAAUAUGUGGUUAUUCUUGAUGAUGAUAAAAAAUAUUUAUAA